CCCCCGGAGGACAUCAGAGAGCAGAGAGCACACUGUUGAACAUGCAGGCAGACGAAUAUAACCGCAGAGGUAAGGAACUUGUCAAUUACAUCACGGAAUAUCUUACUAACAUCCGAGAAAGACGGGUCGUCCCAGACGUCCAGCCUGGAUACAUGAGGAAACUCCUCCCGGACCAUGCGCCCCUUGAACCAGAAAACUGGGACAAUAUUUUUAAUGACAUCGAGAAAAUAAUAAUGCCGGGGGUGGUCCACUGGCAAAGUCCCCACAUGCAUGCCUAUUUCCCUGCUCUGAACUCCUGGCCCUCCUUGCUCGGGGAAAUGCUGGCUGAUGCGAUAAAUUGUCUUGGAUUCACCUGGGCCUCCAGUCCAGCCUGCACUGAGCUCGAGAUGAAUGUCCUAGACUGGCUGGCCAAGGCAAUGGGUCUGCCCCCCCAUUUCCUACAUCAUCACCCCGACAGCAGAGGUGGAGGUAUCCUACAGGGCACAGUGAGUGAGAGCACUCUAUUGACUCUCUUGGCUGCCCGAAAAGCCAAAAUUCUGCAACUCCAUGAAUCUGGGGAUGACACAGAUGACUCCAUACUCAACUCCAGACUUAUUGCCUAUGCAUCGGACCAGGCUCACUCUUCAGUGGAAAAAGCAGGUCUAAUUACGAUGGUUAAAAUACGCUUCCUGCCGACGGAUGACCAGUUCUCCUUGCGGGGGGAGACAUUACAGAGUGCCAUCGAAGAGGACAGGAAAAAGGGCCUCAUUCCAGUCAUGCUCUGUGCUACCCUGGGAACGACGGGAGUUUGUGCCUUCGACUGCCUGUCCGAGCUGGGGCCCCUGUGUGAGAAGGAAGGCCUCUGGCUGCACAUCGAUGCAGCGUACGCUGGCUCGGCCUUCCUCUGUCCAGAGCAGCGUGGCUUCCUGAAUGGCGUUGAAUUUGCCGACUCCUUCGUCUUCAACCCCUCCAAGUGGAUGAUGGUCCAUUUUGACUGCACCGCCUUGUGGGUCAGAGACAAAUACAAGCUUCAGCAGACCUUUAGUGUAGACCCACUCUACCUCCGGCAUGAGAAUUCCAACGUCGCCACCGAUUUCAUGAAUUGGCAGAUUCCUCUGAGCAAACGCUUCCGCUCCCUCAAGCUGUGGUUUGUGCUGCGUUCCUUUGGCCUGAAGAAGCUGCAGGAGCACAUCAGACACGGAAUUCAGAUGGCAAAGCUGUUUGAAUCUCUGGUCCGAAGUGAUCCUAAUUUUGAAAUCCCUGCCAAGAGACACCUGGGACUGGUGGUGUUCUGUCUGAAGGAGGGAAACGCCCAGACCGAGGCGCUCCUGAAAGCACUCACCAAAUCCGGCGCCCUGUACGUCAUCCCGGCCUCCGUCCAGAACACGCUGAUCAUCCGCUUCACCGUGACGUCCCAGUUCACCACGCGGGAGGACAUCCUGCGGGACUGGGCCAUCAUCCGCCACACCACCGCCGCUGUCCUCUCCCAGGAGCCUGUGGGAGACGGCCCCGCUGGGCUCCAGACCCCUGCCCCCGCCGGGCUCCAGACGCCCGCCCCCGCGGCGGACCAGGGCCCUCCCGCACCGGCUCCACCCGAGACCCAGCGGGUACCGGACGAGGUCCUCGACCGCAGCCCCUGUACCAGGGGCCCCGAGGGGUGCGGUUGCUCGCAGGGCUGCGCCGGGGGGGCCCCCGCGGACCAGCAGCACGCCGGAGAGCCCCUGGCAGACCAGCAGCACGCCAGCGUCCUGAAACUCCUCUCCAAGGAAGGCCUGCUGUCCAGGCUGCCCGAGGGCGUGGUGCUCCUGGAGAAGAAGGCUCUGAGGAAGCUCACCAAGUUCUACAGCAUGCCCACCUUCAUGCCCUGCGGGCCCCUGCAGCAGUGCACCGGGCCCUGCGGCGUCCAGCUGUUCCAGCAGCCCUGGCUCACCUGCAGCCGGGCCAGCGCCGCACUGCCCUGCCUCAACCUGCAGCGCUAG